AUGACUAUCCGUUCCUUCCCCUUCGUCAUCGUUGGUCUCAGUGUUCUUCAGGGCAUCACAUACGUGAUGGGUAACACCACCGAGUGCGAUGCCGAGUGUGCCGCCACCUAUCCCGGGUCGUAUUGUAAAUACUGGCAGACCCCCAGCAGGUGCUUUGGCUCCAACGUCCCUUGUUCCUGCGGGUCGGGUGGAACAACUGAAGCCCCCCGUAAUUGUGACGCUGGUUGUGCCUCGGAUACUCCUGGCUCCUACUGCAAGUACUGGGCUACACCAAGCACCUGUCAUUCAUCCAAUGCGCCAUGCACUUGCGAGGCUGCUGCAGUUACCACUACUGCAAGUGAAGCCACCGAUAAAGUCACUGAGACUACCACAAUUCAGGACGGCACAACAGCCGCCCCCGAAGAAACCAAUACGGCCACUUCUGUUGCUGUCGACACUACCGGCACGGCCAGUACGACUAUUGUGACAAGUGGAGUAGCAGACACUACUGCAGCUCCCACGACUACUGAGAUGAUAACUUCGGCUGAGCAGACCAAUGCUGCGACUACUUCAUGGCAGGUCACUACUGAAACUUCGGACGACGCAGUCUUGACAACGACCGAGGCUACCGUGGCUGGGGAAUCUACUGAGGUGCCAACGACGGUUGAUGCAACCACGUUCGGAGGAGUCGCCACCGAUGCCUCAACCACCACAGAUUCUCCAGUUACGGGUUCUGGUGUCACCACUACGGGCGAGGUUAUCACCGAAGCCUCAGCUACCACCACUGGAGAGGUCGAUGCUGAGACAACUAUCAGUCCGAGUACGUAG